AGUUUAAUUCAUUUAUACAUGAAUUAUGUAUUCAGCAGCUCUUGAACGCUGUCUUUACCUUCUUCCGAAUGUCUAAUAGCUGCGCCCAGCCCUCAUUAUCUCUAGUUGCAUCGCCAGUUGACUUAUGCAGCAUUGUCCACAGUAGGCGCACUCAGUUUCGGGACCAGCAUCUCCUCAGUUCCCCUUUCUCCUCCAAAACAACAAGAAGAUCAAAACCUUUACUGCUUCAUUUAAAAAUGGUGAGCGCCAAGGAAAACGUGCAAACUCAGAUUGCUGCGUCGCCCGUCGUCGUCUACAGCAAGAGCUACUGCCGGUACUGUACCAAGACCAAGACGCUGCUGACGGAGCUGGGAGCCAAGUACGAGGUCGUGGAGCUGGACCAGAUUGAAGGCGGCAGUGAGCAGCAGGACGCGUUGGAAGACCUGACGGGUCAGGGCACGGUGCCCAACGUGUUCGUGGCGGGCAAGUCGAUCGGCGGCAACUCGGAUGUGCACAAACUGCACAAGACUGGCAACCUGGAGCCGCUGCUGAAGGACAGUGGCGCUCUGUGUAGCAAGAAAAAAAACUACAAAUGUAGCACUGUAGACAACGAAAAAUAG